AUGUUCGAUCGCCUUACCCUUUUUCUCCUCUUCCUGCUCACGUCCGUCGCGCUCCUCACUUUCGCCCAAUCCGAUCCUUCAUCCUCCUCGAGCUCCCUAGCGCCAUCCGCCACCUCACAACCCUUCCCCAAUAUCCGCCCCGCCAACAUCCCUUCCUCCGGCGGCCGCGUCGGAAUCGUCAACCGGUACGUCUCCCCCAACAGCACGCAGGUCGAAUUCGAGAUCUACGGGUUGAGCAAUACGACGCGAUACCUCGAGUUUCAGGCUGAACCCGCUGCGGAUGGAAACGGCACCGCCUUCCGAUUGAUUGGGUACUAUGGGGCGAUGACGGCGAAGAAUGUGCCGAUCUUUUACCUUGGUCCAGGGGCUUUCAAGGCGAGGUUGGAUGGAGGUCUUGGGACUGUCAAUUGCCAUCUCGCGGUGAAAGAAGGUGUCAAAGAUGUCCAGAAUCAGCCAAGCAAGCUGUUUAGGUUUCAGCCGGGAGGAGCGGACAACAGGUCGUAUCUCUGGCCAUGUGGGGUCCAGGAUUGGGUGGAGGUCAAGUGUGACGAUCCGGUCAAGCUUGAGCCGAGCUGCGAUGCUGGUGCGUGGUAG